CGAUGACUGCUGUGACACAACCAAUGUCAAAGGACUGCAGCAGCAACCUUGCUUGCGCGCGGUGCAUGUUCUCUCACACGGAGUUUUCACGCGCGUGCAUGCUGCGUCGUGGGUGAGAUGUGCGUGCGCACCACGUUUUAAGACAGCCCUUCCGUUUGCUUCUUUGUGCUUCCUUUCAUGCGGCCUCCUUUGCAACCACCUUCAGACCUUCGACGACUGCUUGCUCGAGGUUGCACGCACACAAUCCACAGCAAGACAAGGCGCUCACCCCACCUGGCUGGUUUUGGCUGACUUUGUGUGUGUGAGAGAGGCACGCACGACGGCAGCAACCUUUGCAUGCUGGAUGGCACGAACCGCACUCACGCACGCACUCCCCAUGCCUGCGAAACCCCCACGAGCGGGGGCGGAACAGGUGUUCGUGCAUGUAUUCCCUGCACAGCAAUGUGCGCAGCAACCAAGGCUGACAUGCCAUGCGCCAGUCUGGCAGUCUGCCAGCCACCAGCAACAGAGCGGCGAAGCCAACACCAACAAGUGUGUGACACCCAUGUGAACUGAGUACGGUGUUCAUUUCUCCUUGGCUCUCCGCUGUCACACUCCAUUUUCACCGUCGCCUCAACUCCUUCGCCUGCCCCCUUUUCAUUCUCUGCUCGGCGUGCUGAUCAGCGCAAGCCCUGCGUCGUCCUCCAUCUCUCCACCACCUCCUCCUCAGAGCUCACGCAGACACACACAGGCACACACACACACACACACACACACACACACACACACACACCCACGCGUACAUACAUACAUACAUACAUCCAUCCAUACAUACAUACAUACACUUGUGCACGAUGGCACGAAGCUCGCAUUGGGCGAUGCACAUGUUCAUCGCCGCCACCUGCCUCGUCUUCCUGUCGGCGGGCGUCACCAUCCCCACGGUUAUGGCGCAGAACUGCAGCGAUCAUGGCAUCGACGAAGACGCUUGCAUGGCCGAUGGGAACUGCACCGUGAACGGCACAUGCCAGCCGCUGUUGACGCUGUGUGUCCUGCCGACGCAGUUGCUGUGCGAACUCGACUCAAGCUGCCAAUGGGAUGCAGACUCUGGCUGCUCCGUCAAGAACAGCUCCUGCCUCUCCCUCAACAGAACAGACUGCGGCGCGAGCUUGGUAUGCUUCUGGAUGCCAUCUUGCGAGGACUCCAACGUGACCGAUAGUACGACGACAACCGCCAUGCCCUCCUCCACAGCAGAUCCAGUCGCGGUUGGAAACAGCGGGCCGUCGGACGACAAUGACGACAAUGGCGACGAUGGCAACGUCGGCAACGCGACACCACCACCAGACGCCACAAGCGCGCCCGACAACACAGACCGGUCCACGGGCAGCAACGCCGGUGCCAUCGCUGGCGGCGUUGUUGGUGCGCUCAUCCUCCUCGCCCUCGUCGUCGUCGCCGUGGUGUUGCUCCGCCGCAAGCAGCAGCGCCAGUCUGAUGCUGACGUGCAGCAAAUCUAGGCGGGGACCGCCACGCUCUGCACCCGCCUCCACGCCCUUCCGUCUCCCAAGUUGCACGCGCGUGUCCGAUUAGCCAACGCCCAGUUUGUGGUCAGGAACCACUCGCGGCUUCUCGAUGCACACGAAGAAUCACUCACCUGUUCCAACAUCCCAGGAGCAGGGCAGGGUUAUCAUGUCAUGCCCCUCGUGUCAGUUAUUGCUCCCCUUUCUUGCCUUGCACCUGUGUACACUCAUUUCCCGCCUUACUUUGCGUGCGAAUGACUGAAUGUGUUCGUGCAAAUGUGUGUAGCUGCUUGCAUUGCUUGCUGUGUGUCUUAUUCCUAAUGUGUCGCUUGUGUACGACAAGAACGUCAGCCAAGAGUACACUCC